CACCAAGCAUUUCCGCCAUUCCAUUGCCUUCCAUAUUUAUUGCCGACCAACCUGUCCUCAAAAUCCACAACUCCACCCUCUCUCAGACUCUCUUUGCGCACCAGCCACAAAGAGCCCGAACAAGGACCCCCAAAAACUGACGCAACAGAACCCUCUUUUGCGCAACUUCCACUCUGACAACCCAACAAACAUCACCACCACCAAACGAUCAAGAGAAAAGAACAACACUAGUCCUCUACCACAAAACUGCCAAUACCAACAAGUCACAUACCUAUCACACAUACACACAUAUACACCGCCCACCAUGGAUGACUGGGACACUGCCACCAAGAUCGGCUCCAAGGUCCGCGGCGGAGGAACGCAGAGAGAGACCGUUAUCAAGGGCAAGAGCGCCCUCAACGCCGCCCAGCGCAGCGGUUCCGUUAUUGGCACCGAGAAGAAGUACGCCGCUGGCAAUGCUGCUACCAAGCCCGGCGUCGAGGGCCAGCGCCUGACAAAGGUCGACCGCUCCGACGACAUCAUCAAGCCCAACACGGUCGGCAAGGAAGUCGGCGAUGCCAUCUCCCAGACGCGCCAGAAGAUGGAGCCCAAGAUGACCCAGAAGGACCUCGCAACUAAGUGCAACACCACCCAGUCCAUCGUCGCCGACUUUGAGCGCGGCUCCGCCGCCCCCGACCAGAAGAUCCUCGCUGCCAUGGAGCGCGUUCUCAACGUCAAGCUGCGCGGCAACGACAUUGGCGCCCCCCGGUUCGCCAAGAAGAAAUGAGGGGGCUUGUCCUCCAUGGAAAACGGAGGCCUCUAAUCUUAUUCUCGCACUCUUUUGUGUGUCGAACCCCGAACGGUGGGAAAAUGUUACGGGGGU